AUUAGAAUCGCCAAAAAGGCAAUUGAAUUAUAACAGGAAUUUUCAUCUAUUUUUAAGUAUUAUAGUUUAUUAACUACGUUGUUUAUUUAUUUAUUUAAGAAAAAAUUGCAAAUUAUAAUGACUUAUUUUGUAAUUAAUCUAUUUGUGGUUUAGUGAAAAAGUUAGUUGUAUUAAUUUGUCCAAAUCAAACUCAAAAAGAAAUCUUUCACUUGUCUACGUAUGAAAGUUGCUGCAGGGUAUUGCACUUCAACAGAUUUAUGAUGCAGAUCAAUUAAAUAUACUAACUACCACCUUAUAGUAAUGAGUACCAGAGAAGUAAAUAAAGAUUAUCUUAUUGAUGAUUCCAUUCGAUCACCAAAAAAAUCAUCAUUUAAGUGCAAACCACCAUCUUAUGUGAACAUUUCAAGGUGUAUUAAUGGUUACACUUCUUCUUUAACUCAAUACGAUAGUAAAAAGAGAGAAAGUAGGUCCAGAGACUGUAGUCCAAUCAAUAUCCGUUCUAUUAACAUGGAUGAACAAAGCUUUAUGACUAAAUGUAAAAUUACUGAUACAGUUGACUAUAGAAAUGAAUCUCCUAAUUCAAUUGUGGUCAAUACAAUUCAAAGACUUUAUGGUUCUACUGUAAAAAUAUCAAGUAAAGAAAUUAAAUCUAAUAACAUUCCUGCAGCAACUAUACGGCAUACAGAAAAUAUUGAUUUACCUGUUCUAAAACUUCUCAAUCCUCAAUUCCGCGCAAAACUUACUAUUAAUAAAACCACACCUAUAAAAAAACAGAAUUCUACAGUAGUUUCUAAUGGUAUUGAUAAAGAAGUUCAUUGUGGUAAAUAUUUCAUUAAUUUAGUAAACUCAGAAUGUAACUUAAUUAAACAGUUGAUAGCUCAAGUAGAAUGUUUGUUACCAACUGCACCAGAAUAUGGCCAAGACCGUAUUCAAGCAGCUAUUGGUAAAUCUAAUCUUUUAAUGUCACAAAAAAUAAAACAGUUCCUUGGUUUAUGUGAAAAUAAUAUAACUUGUUCAAUUGAUGAUGUAUCUAGGCCUAAAGAUAACGAUUUAGAAGGUUUUUGGGAUAUGGUUAAAAUUCAAGUUGAUCAAGUGAUAACGGAAAUGAAAAUAAUUUUAGAGCUUCAUAAAGAAAACUGGCCAGAAGACAAAGAUAUUGUUAAACCAAAAAUAAUUAUGAAAACUAAAGUAAAAGUGAAAAAACCAGUCAAUUCAAACCCAAAGUACGAUGCAGCUAGAAGAAAAGCAAUUGAAGAGCAACGGAAAGCAAUGAAAAAUUCUAAAAAUGAGGAUGUUAUAUUUUAUUAGGACCUCAUCUCAAAACUAGACUGUAUUACUGUUUUAGAAGUAUUAUUAAAUAAUUUUAUAAUUGUGUAACCUUUUUAUGACUUUGUAUUUAUCACAAAUAUAAUUGCAAGAAAUUAUAUAUUUUUUAUAUUAUUAAAAACUGUUAAUUAAUGUUUUGAAAAGUUGUUUAUUGUUAGCAUUAAAAAAAAGUGCAAUUAUAUGAGAUAAUGUUACAUUUUUUAAAUGCUUUAACCAAAUUGUAAAAUUAAUUUGAGAAUAUCUUUAAAAUUUAAUAUUGAAAUAUUUAAUACAUCCUUCUAAGAUAAAGUCUGCAUCGGCUUGUAUAUUUCUAUUUAUAUAUACAUAUAUAUAUUAUUAUUAUUAUUAUUUUUACUGACUAUUGUGUUAUAAUAUGUAAAAAAGCUCAAGUUGUGAUGCAUAUGCUGUUUUUUUACAGUUAUCUGCCAAUUUUACAUGUUUAAGUACUGAUUUGGUUAUGCAUUUACACUAGCAUAAUUGAAAUAAUAUAUAUAUUUAGAGAGAGCACGUAUUGAACUAGUUUAUUAUUUGUAAAUUUGAUUUAAAACUAACAAUUAAUUCAAAUUUUAUUUAUGUAUUUCUGACCGAACAACAUUAAACUAUUAAAUGUAGUAUUAACGUAUUGUAUUAUUUUUUAUUGUUGGCAAUCACUUAUUACUGUUAAUUUACAUGUUAUUAUUUAAUAUAAGUUUGAAAGACAAUCCUUUUUUAAUGAUGAUAUUUAUAGUUUUGACUCAAAAAAUAACUAACAAUAAAUAAUAAAGUGAAGAUAAUUUGUAAAACUA